CUCAGUCCUUGUGAUCAAACAAUACGGUCAUCUUGGAACAAACGCCUGCAAUUGUUACUUCAGCGCUAACAGCUUUCUGACUUCUGCUCGUCGGCACGAUAUGUCAUCGCCAUCAUGAACGAAUCACCGCUCAAGCCGGCUCUUCAGGUCCAGCCAGAACGAGGAAUAGGCUGGAUAACCCUUGGUGCAUCGCUUCACAGUAUUAUUUCGCGGUUGAAGGCAUAUCCGCAAACUUAUCCCAAUAUCGAUCUAUCAUACUCGGCUUCAGAGCCGAUUACCGAGCCUGCUAUUCUGAACCUCCCUUACAAUGGGUUGAGGCUCCGAUUCGAUGGUCCAGAUCAGAGACUACGACUGAUUGAGGUGUUGGACUUCUCCAUGACUGCACUGGUCUACAAAAACACAGACCUGGUGCGCCGUACCAAGACUUCGGAUGGGAGCAAUCAAGACGAAGCAUCCAUCCCCCUUGGACCUACGUUUCGACACAUCUACAGUCGGCUCUUUGGGCCUACUUAUGCCGGAGAAUACCUGCCUCCCGAACAAGGCCGCUCGUCCGGGACAUAUAUUCUAUCAUAUCCGGGGCUAGCAUUCACCUUUCCGAUCAAGCAUCAGUCUUGGUCGGAUAAAAUUGACUUUGUCUCGAUACUCUCUUCGAAUGCGACAGGUCCAGCAAUUUCGAUGGCUAUCUUCUCCGGGUCUUCAUGGACAGAAGCACGAUCAAAUCUCUAUACGAGACCUCCGACCUAUCCAAGACUGUCAUCGCUUGUUGGUAAAUCGAAUGAGAGCAUUGCUGACGAAGUCGAAGAGGUGAGGGUGCUAGGAGGCGGGAGGCUCGAAAUGGUGCGAAGAAACAUGCCAUUGUUCUCCCUCACUUUGAGUGAAACCACUCCUCAAGAUCUAGUGGCCGACUUAGGCCCUCCCGAUGCGAUAUACCGUAAGCAUGACCGGCGUAUCUCUAUUCAUGCCACCGGUAAUCCUUCCAACCGCCGGCUACCGAGCAUGUCGCCAGGACUUGACCCGCAAGCGCACGACACUGAUCAAUCGUCGGUGCAGAGCUACACCGAGGACUCUGACAUUGAGCCAGAGAUGGAGGACCGGACAAGUGGCUCUAGCGACGAGUGCUUUUACAAUUAUUUUCACCAUGGAUUCGACAUCCUCAUAUCUUCUCCAACCUCAAGAUCGCUGCCCUUCCCGGGAAGCUCAACCACUGAGCCAUCAAGAUCGUCAAGCGCCCAGCUUGUGGCGACCAAAAUAUUUUUGCAUGGAAACAUCCCAGGGUCGUUUUCGUUUAACCGCCACCGGAGAAGCCGUUGGGUGAUACGAAUCCCAAGAGACGGUCAAGAAUCAGCCCUGAGUUCUGAGAUGACAUUUUCGGAGAUAUCAUCGACUCUUAAGCAGAUCUGGCAUGACACAUACAAGAGCGAAGAGGAGGAGAAGCAAAUGCAGCGAGGCAUGGUCUUGAACCGAGGGUGGGAACAGAGCCCGGAGAGUUCAGUAGAGCUCUUGGGUGACCUAGAAGAGAGUCCGACCCGAGAAAAGGCUGGCGAUGCAGACACAUCAGAGGUGACAGGAGGUGGCAUGAGUAAUACGGAGUUGUUUGGCUUCCCUGGAAUGUUGUUCGAAGUGCUCAAGAACGGUACCGUCAGUUGUUUGACAGUGUUUUGAGAAGCAAGCAAAAGGACAAUCAAUGUAUUAUGCACGAUCCCC